GCAGUAAGAGGGUAGAGGGCAGACGGGGAGGUUGUGUGGUGCUGGCUGCUGUGACCGCUCCCUCGCUGUCUGCCUCAGUCCUCCCCUGUACCCUAGUGUGCGGCGCCCUCGGUGGUGGUGGUGGCUAAACAAAUGAUAUAGUGAAGGUGACUGUAAUAGUGUGGGAGUCCGAGCGGUGUUGGAGGCUCGGACACGCCCGGUCAACUUGGCCAGCGGUGUUGGAGGCUCGGACACGCCCGGUCAACUUGGUCAGCGGUGUUGGAGGCUCGGACACGCCCGGUCAACUUGGUCAGCGGUGUUGGAGGCUCGGACACGCCCGGUCAACUUGGUCAGCGGUGUUGGAGGCUCGGACACGCCCGGUCAACUUGGUCAGCGGUGUUGGAGGCUCGGACACGCCCGGUCAACUUGGUCAGCGGUGUUGGAGGCUCGGACACGCCCGGUCAACUUGGACAGCGGUGUUGGAGGCUCGGACACGCCCGGUCAACUUAGCCAGCGGUGUUGGAGGCUCGGACACGCCCGGUCAACUUGGUCAGCGGUGUUGGAGGCUCGGACACGCCCGGUCAACUUGGCCAGCGGUGUUGGAGGCUCGGACACGCCCGGUCAACUUGGCCUGCGGUGUUGGAGGCUCGGACACGCCCGGUCAACUUGGCCUGCGGUGUUGGAGGCUCGGACACGCCCGGUCAACUUGGCCAGCGGUGUUGGAGGCUCGGACACGCCCGGUCAACUUGGCCUGCGGUGUUGGAGGCUCGGACACGCCCGGUCAACUUGGCCAGCGGUGUUGGAGGCUCGGACACGCCCGGUCAACUUGGGCAGCGGUGUUGGAGGCUCGGACACGCCCGGUCAACUUGGCCAGCGGUGUUGGAGGCUCGGACACGCCCGGUCAACUUGGCCAGCGGUGUUGGAGGCUCGGACACGCCCGGUCAACUUGGCCAGCGGUGUUGGAGGCUCGGACACGCCCGGUCAACUUGGGCAGCGGUGUUGUGUUGAUCUUAGUGUUGCUAGUGCGGACAUGGGGAGUCGGCGGGCCAGGACCGGGUCGGUGGCGGGGCCACAGCGCCACGCCAAGAUGGACCAUGAGCGCCGUAAUCACGAGCUCCUGAAGCAAUUAACUUCAGCCACUUCCGCGGUCAAGACAGCCAAGGGCGUGGUGGGGCAGCCCCUCAUGUCCAGGUCCCUGACGGCGGAGCUGGAGAAGGGGCUGCAGGUGGAGGAACUACCCAGCCACGACGUGCGGGUUAGGACGCAACCACUAAAGUCAUUCCAGCGACAGACGUCCAGCUCAGCGAUGAAGGCCAACAGUGCCUUCGGGGACAACAUUCUGGAGGCCAGAGUGAGCCGGGGCCAGGAGCUGAGUCUCUCCAAGAACGGGAACAAACAAGUAUCUAGCCCGACGAGAUCUGUGAACGCGAGGAAUAAGAGCAACAGACGAGGGAGCCAACAGUCAUCCGACAACAGUAGGCGCUCGGCUGUGUUUGAGCGCCUCUCUAAGAUAGACUCCAAUAAGAGCUUGGGUCGGGUGGACCAUCCUGGUAGUAACAGGACUCGUGACCACAGUCCCGUGAAGAGCGAGAGGAAGGGCUCUCUAGGGCACAACAGCUGCAGCGACAAGCAUCAGAGCGGCCGUAAGCCAGGUGUCAGCGAUGGCUCUACGAGGCUCCGGCGGGGUAUGGCCCUAACACCCUCCAGGGAGGCCGAUGACGACCUCAUCACGGAGAAACAGGAACAAGACAAUAUCCCCGAGACGGUGGACAAGGACCGUAACGACCUUCAAAUGUCACGACACGAUGAGACACUCUCCCCUCCCUCGCCGCCUGCAGCAGCGUCGUCAGGUACUGCCGCACCCUCACACACACAAAAAGAGAGGCAGAAACAAACGGGAUCACUCUCGCCGGACCCUCACCUUCACCAGACCAAAAUAGACGGUAGGAGUUGCCACCACGUGGCGCCCAGUACCACCUCCGUCAGGUCAUCUGGCCGCCUGGCGUCCGGUGCUGCCCAUAGUCAUAACGUUGAUAAAACCUGCCGCAUCAACAAUACCUACGUGAAGAGAGGCAACGAUCACCAGCCUAAAAUAGCUGACACAGGUUCUUCGAAAUUUGAACUAGUUCAGAAAUCUUCCAGGAAGAGUGACACAUUACCGGGAAAAACUGCCAUUGUGGAGGAGUCGAGUGGUGAGCGGGCAGUCCGUAGCGCGGCCAGGACCAGGGCCCUGACGGUGGCCUCUGUGGCAGAGGUGAUACAGCAGGUGCGGGAGCGGGUGAGUGAAGGGAGAGAGCGGGAGAGGCGGGAGUCGGCCGUGGACGACGACAAAGACGUGUGCGAGGCUGACGUGGGCGAAGAGCAGGAUGAGUUCUACAAGAUCAGCGUGCAGACGCGCCUAGUGACCUACAACAACAGCACACUCGUCAUAAAGAACACCUCCAAGAGCGAGGGUACAGACAACAGCGACGCCGAGGCUGACUCACCGCUCCCCACCACCCUGCAAACCUCAUCAACUGCGGCCAUCCUCGCUGACGUCCUAGAUGACACCACCCACUCCCACGCCCUUCCUCACCCGACGGAGGCCCGCCACCAGGAGGACACAACUGGAGAAUUAAGCAGAGCACGUAGCGUCAGGAAGAAACUCUCCCACUUUGUUAGCAAGGGCAGGAGCUUCCUGAGUGAGGUGUACAGCGCCACGCAGACCAAACUGGUGCAGUAUGGGAGACACGACUCUCUCAGCAGCAGCUCCUCCCUGGAGUGUGACAGCGGCUACUACAGCCUCCCGCCGCCACUGGUGGAGACCAAUCCCAUCUGGGUGGAGGACCACGUCCAACGAGCCACGUCCUGGCUGCAGGAACACGGCUGCUACCCCGAGGCGGUCACCACUCCAGUAGAGCCUGACCUUGCUGUAAGUGGCACCCGGAAGAGGGUCAGCCCCUCUCACUCUGGCAUAAUGACUGGCACUGCUGGUUGCAUCAGGGGUAAGGGCCAUGCAGGGGGGAGUGACACUACUCUUGAGCAACAACAUCCUAGCAUCAAGGUUGAUGAAGAGUGGAUCAAGAAGAACAUUCUGUGUACGUGUAAGUGUAGAGAUAGACCAAUACCAGGUGGUAGUGAAGUAACAGGUACUGGUGGAACAUGUAGUGGCCCUACCACCGUACCUAGUGGCCCUACCACCGUGCCUAGUGGCCCUACCACCGUGCCUAGUGGCCCUACCACCGUGCCUAGUGGCCCUACCACCGUGCCUAGUGGCCCAACCACCGUGCCUAGUGGCCCUACCACCGUGCCUAGUGGCCCUACCACCGUGCCUAGUGGCCCUACCACCGUGCCUAGUGGCCCUACCACCGUGCCUAGUGGCCCUACCACCGUGCCUAGUGGCCCUACCACCGUGCCUAGUGGCCCUACCACCGUGCCUAGUGGCCCUACCACCGUGCCUAGUGGCCCUACCACCGUGCCUAGUGGCCCUACCACCGUGCCUAGUGGCCCUACCACCGUGCCCAGUGGCCCUACCACCGUGCCCAGUGGCCCUACCACCGUGCCCAGUGGCCCUACCACCGUGCCCAGUGGCCCUACCACCGUGCCUAGUGGCCCUACCACCGUGCCUAGUGGCCCUACCACCGUGCCCAGUGGCCCACUAGCUGUGGCUGGUCACCCUCAAGCCCAGCUGCCACCCGUUACAGUAUCCACCUCUGUAUUUACCUCUACUGCCCACCAGGCCACGCUGGGAAAAGUAGGUUCUAGCGAGUACAACCUGCCUCCUGGAGAUGGCCUGCCUCCUAGAGAUGGCCUGCCUCCUGGAGAUGGCCUGCCUCCUGGAGAUGGCCUGCCUCCUGGAGAUGGCCUGCCUCCUGGAGAUGGCCUGCCUCCUGGAGAAGAAAGUCUGGAGAGAGAGUGUGACUCAGGAUCGGGAGAGUGUACAUCGUGUGUGAUGGAGGAGGAGCUGUGCUACUGCUCGUGCCACGAGGAGGAGGGUGGCCAGGCGCCGCUCCACCUGCCCCAGGAGGUGCAGGAGCUGCUGGAUGCAGAUCACGCAAGGAUGUGGUGGACGAUCACGGGCAACUUCGGCAACAUCCUGCCCAUAGACUGGAGCAAGACCUACACCCGCCAGCAGUACCUCCCGGUCCUCAACCUCAACGAGAUCAAGGACGUGCCAGCUGGAACAAGAGAAGGGACUGAUGGAGGAAGUGAUGAAAAUGAAGAUGAAGAGGAGGAGGAGGUGGCUCAAGACCUCGACCUUCACCACCUUAUCCUUAAUGGCCUCACUGCUGACCCUGUCAAAAGUGCUGAAGAAGUGAUUCAAGAAAUUGAUGACAUUAUGCAGGAGGGCAGCUCGUCUGAAGAUGAAGGGUUAGAGGAGAGCUCGUCAUCAGGGGAGAACACACAUGAACCCAUAUCUCGCCCUUUUCCAGCCCCACUCUAUGCAGAAAAGUUAAAGAACAUGAGUGUUGGUGAGCUCAAUGAGUCUUUGAUGGAACUUGAACUGGUGAUUCGACAAUACUCCGAGACACUCAUCAGCCAGCUUGCACUCAGAGAUGAAUUGGAAUAUGAGAAGGAGCUCAAGAAUUCUUUUAUUUCACUUCUCCUUCAGGUGCAGAACAAGAGACGGAACUUUAACGUGGAGAAGAAAAAACAGAAGAAGGUUGGACCAAAUGGCACAGAUCCGAAGUAUCUGACAACAGUCAUCCCUUAUGAUGUGGGUCAUGGUCCACCGCAUAAUCCAACCCUGCAAAUCCUCAUUAAGAUUUUGAUGGCCAUAAAUGAGGACAGUCCUACUGUACCAACAUUACUCACCGAUUACAUCCUAAAAGUGUUGUGUCCAUCAUGAGCGUGUGGUUUAUCACGAAGAGCCGGGACACCGGCGGUUGGCAGCUGGGGGAAGAUAUUUUCUGAUGACCCGUUGACAGCUGAAUCCCUGACAUUCCACACACACUCCUUUAUGUAGAGUUUCAGAAUUAACUGUACAUACAGUGCAUGUCAUUAUUUAAAGAUGACAUAUAUCACAUUGUCUAAUUUUUUGAUGCAUUUUUGUUUAUCAUACAUCAGAUUUUGAAUCAUCAUGUGGAGUGAUAAAUGAAAGACUUUUUUAGGAAUUUCUAUUGCAACUAGUCAUCUGUGCCAAUGGCCUAAUGUAUAAAGAGAUAUCAGUUGGAAAAUGAUAACUUUAGGUUUAAUAACUAAGAAUGCAUUUUAUCAUUAAGUAACUUAAGAAAAUGCCUAAAUUAGAUGAUGCUAAUUAGAUAUGUUACCAGAAGGAUGUAUAUGUUAACAUAUUACCAUAUUCUGAUGUUCUAUUUCAAUACCCUUUAUCCUUAUAAAUUUUUCUGUGAUUAUAUAUCUCAAAUAUACUUAAGGUAUAUCGUUCAGAGGCCACAAGAUGUGGAGAUAAAAACACUUAAGAUAAAACAGUAAGAAGUAAAUUUUAAAACAGCUUGAUAUUGGAAGACCAAAGAAUCUUUAAUGACUUGUAUUUAUAAUUUUCUUUACUGCUGAACUUUCUAAGCAAAACACUUAUUUAUAAAAAAUAAAAAUAGGAAUGUUCAAAACAAAUCGUUAAAGCUAGGAAAUGCUUUGGAGUCCUUAUUAAAAAGGUCUUGUAUAGUCACAAAGUACCCUCCAGAAUCUAAUCGCAUUCAUUUAAACUUCAAGUCUGUAAUAUUGAGAAUCAGCCAUGCUUGAAGUGCAAAGAUCUGCUGACAGUUGUAUUUCGCUGUUUACUGAAGCCCAAGUGCAAUUGCUGUAUUAAUGUAUGUGUGUGUAUGUGUGCGUGUGUGGCUUGAACUAUUGUAUAAGAUAAAUGAAUUGAAAAAUGUUAGCUGCCAUGACUCGUAAGCUUAGGAUAGGUUUUGCAAGUUACAAAAUCCUGCUAGAAGUUUGGCUCUCACUGGCACCUUCAACUUUUCAGUAGCAAUCUUUCAUGAACAAACAAGCAGCUUCAGCUAUGCCUCAUUGUAUUCCAAAAUUUUGUCAUGCUAUUUCUUGCCAAAUUCAUGAUGGGUAUAUUGUUCCUCGUAAGUGCAAUUUGCUUUAUUACUCAUCUACAUCAACUGUAAUUUGAACUUCAUUGUCCUGCAUCCAGUGCCUUUCUUGGGUACUUAAAUUACAUCAGUCAUACCUUAAUGAUUUUGCCGGACUUGGAUGUUACUCCCGGAGGAGGGGACUUUAUAAUCUACUUAUAUACACUGCUUUGUUUCAUUGUAAAUGUUAGAUAUGCAUGCACUGUCGUUCAAGGAUUCAAUUAACAAUAGUAUAUUAUUGACCAAAGACUUGAUUGUACUUUUCCAUAAACAUUUCCAUAUUGAUAAGAUAUUAAUCGUGUCACUGCCAAUGUUCGAUAAACGGUAAAAGUGGCAGGAGGAGGAAUGUAGCUGAUCAGUUUGAAGUUCAUAUUACACAGCUUCUCUGCAGAUAUUCAUGAUAUAAAUUUCCCUUUAUAUUUAUAAGGAAUCCUGGGCAGUUUUGACAAAGUAGUGUUGUAUAUAAUUCUUCAGUGUGUAUUGUAACAUUGUGCUCUAUCAGCACUACAGAACCAGUACCCUACAGGUACUCUAUAGUAGUGCAGUACUAGUCUGUACUAUGUCAAGAGUAAAGCACAACUGCUGUAUACAGUCAAGAGUGCAAUACAAGUACUGUAUUUACUAAGUGUUUUUGCAGGAUUGAGCUGUUAGCUCUUGAACUCUUGAACCCUCUUGAACUGUGUAGGUCACACAGUGCAGCACCAGUUCUGUACAGGUCAUACAGUGCAGCACUAGUACUGUGCAGGUCACAUAGUGUGCACCAGUUCCAUAUAGGUCACAGCGCAGCACCAGCUCCGUAUAGGUUACACAGUGCAGCACAACAUCCAAACAGGUCACACAGUGCAGUACAAGAUCUGUACAGGUCACACAGUGCAGUACAAGAUCUGUACAGGUCACACAGUGCAGUACAAGAUCUGUACAGGUCACACAGUGCAGUACAAGAUCUGUACAGGUCACACAGUGCAGUACAAGAUCUGUACAGGUCACACAGUGCAGUACAAGAUCUGUACAGGUCACACAGUGCAGCACAAGAUCUGUACAGGUCACACAGUGCAGCACAAGAUCUGUACAGGUCACACAGUGCAGCACAAGAUCUGUACAGGUCACACAGUAAAGCACAAGAUCUGUAAAGGUCACACAGGUUGCAGUUAACUUACUCCUCCCAGGUGUCACUUUGUGUGUUAAGCUUUUGUUGAUGAAAUAUUUUUCUGUUAAAAGGUAAAAACAGUUGUUUUGGUGACCAAUAAAAAUUUGUUUUAUUUAGCUACCCAACAGUGUGAGUGCUGAUAAUUUUUAUUUUAUUGAUCAUCAUAAAAUAUUCACACAUGGUGUGUUUAGCUUUUAAUUAUACAAAUUGUAAUUAUGUUUUAAUUAUAUCAUCUGUGAUGCUUAUUUCUGCAUUAUAUAUUAUUUUGAAUCUUUUACAAUGUUAUUUUGAUGUCAAAAACCUAUUUAUAAAAUAAAAUAUCUGUUCUUG